ACUUACAAUAACUCUUUGGCAACAGGAUAGUUCUUUGGGAAGUCGUCUAGACUACCUGCAGAUAAUGGAAACCGCAGUCCGAUCUCUUCUGCGGUCAUCUGAGGAUCUCAAGGCAGCACUCGAAGUCGAGGUCGCACAAGAACUCGGUGACCUUCCAAGCUCUUCCGCAGCUGAACGAUCCAGGCGCGUUCUGGCCGUGGUGUCGCACAGAGGGGAUUACGUGGGAGACGAAGAAGGCAGUGUUCUAAUUCUCAAGCGCACGCCGGGUCGCUCCGUCGAGGACCUGAGUAUUGAAGUUGCGUACCCAAUCUCUGGAAGUUUUUCGUUCUCUGUUGCGCAGGCAAGGCGAACAACUUUAGACCUUCGCGCAUCUGUGGGAGAGACUGGUGCUACUCUGGAUCAGUCGAGAUCAGAACUCACAUUGACUAUCAAGUAUGAGCUGGCUACCGAAACACGAAGUCAUACUUUGAUCGCACGAGAUACGCGGAAAUUGCAGUGUUUCACUGCAGAAUGCAGACGUUUGAAGGACAUAUUCACUAGAAAUGAAUUUGCUGCUGACUUCUCUUGGCUGUCACUUUACACACAACAGAGCUCUUUGAAAUCCCUUUCAUCCCCUAUAGAUUUGCGCACGAUUAAUACACCGUUGCAUACGCGACUUUCGCCGGCUAGUGCAGGGCUUCCAGGAGACGACGCGGCCGAUAUCGACAUUGUCCGCGAACAUUGGAUCUAUAACAAAGCUAUCGAAGAGGCUUCCACUGGGUCGUCGGCACGCCUGCUCAUCCGCACAGGGACAUUCAAUAUCAAUGGAAAGACGCCGUCUCAGGACCUCUCUCCCUGGCUCAGACCGACGAAGCGCAAUUCAGAGAUAUCUGGAUGGAUCUCACCUUUGAAAUCAAUUUCGCCGCUCAACAUGCUUUCAGACCCGAUUGAUGAACAGGUGGCCAGCAGCCUAGGAGCUUCUUCUGUCAGAUUGGCUCAUGAAAGCUUGAACAACGAAGCAUUGGCCUCUGAUCCAGAUCUCUUUGUACUAGGUUUCCAAGAACUAGACCUUUCAACCGAAGCCCUCUUAUAUGGCACCAGUACCGUCAAGGAAGAUACAUGGGUGGAAGCCAUAUUUGCUGGGUUGGGUGAGAGAGGCAUUCUCUAUGAGAAGCUCGCCUCCAAACAACUGGUCGGCAUGUUGAUCGUCGCAAUUGCAAAGAAGUCGUGUCUGUCAUGUUUUGGCGACAUCAGAUUUAGCGCCGCUGGUGCAGGAAUCAUGGGUAUUAUGGGCAAUAAAGGUGCAACAGCGAUACGGAUGUCAUACACACCUUUCGCUCAAGAAUUCUCGCCGAGUCCCAUAGUGCUCACUUUCGUCAACGCACAUCUCGCAGCAUUUGACGAAAUGGUCGAGAGGCGAAACUUCGACUUCCACGAGCUUUCCAAGCGCCUAGUCUUUGAUCAGACUGACGGACUUGAUUCUGAUGCGAAUACAGCACUGGAGACUCCGAGAAAGGUUGCUGGGUUAUUUGAAAGUGACGUAUUAUUCUGGAUGGUGCGCUGCAACUUGCUUCUCGAUUACUUUACUCACCCUUUUGGAAUUUUAGGGAGGUUGGUUGAUUAUCACUCGACGAGACGAAUGACCAAUUCUGUCGUCAAAGAUUUGAAUUACAGGAUCGAUCUUGCUGACGGGGACGUCAGAGAAUUGUUAUCACCUUCUCCAGGCACGGGCAACAUUCCACUUUUGCUAAAGUAUGAUCAGUUGAAGAUGGCUAUCGCAAGCGGGAAAGCAUUUAAUGGGUUUUCGGAGCAUGCAAUUACACAUAUGCCUUCGUACAGAUAUGCGUCAAAUACGCCGCAAGAUUCCCUGGGAUAUGACCGAAAGCGCAAACCCGCAUGGACGGACCGCAUUUUACAUAUGUCAGCUCCCAAUGUUCCAGUCACCCAACGUUCAUAUCGCAGCCACCCUCAAAUAACGAUGAGUGAUCAUCGUCCAGUGUCAGCUGAUUUUGAGUUAAAUGUAUCAACUAUUGACAAGGAGAGACGUGAGAUCGCCGCCUCUAAGCUGUACCGGGAGUUAUGGGGCGUGGAACAAUCCUCAAAGACACCGAAAAUUAAGCUACAGCCAAUGGCAUUGGACUUCGGAAAAGUCUACUACAGGCGUCUAGUCCGGCAAACGCUAUCCAUUCAGAAUGAUGGACAGAUCCCCUGUGUUUACCGAUUUGUUGCUGCAGAUGCUGAACAGCCAAUUUGUCCACAAUGGCUUAAGAUUAAUCCUGUGGCGGGCCUACUUCGUCCGGGUGAAUCAUUGACCACCACUGUCACAGUGUUUGUCGACAACUCGUCUGGGUCACGGCUGAAUCUCGCACCGCCCCGGUUGGAUUUUACCCUCAUACUGCACACUGCUCUCGGAAAAGAUCAUUUCAUCUCGGUCGCUGGUGAAUAUCAAUAUACUUGCUUCGCAAACAAGCUUUCCAGACUUACACGACUUCCCGGUCCCGCGCGAACUGUGAUGUCUCCAAACGAUCGGGUAUCUGAACGGCAGUCAGUGAACGCCCCGAGGGAGAUCAUGCAGUUGAUCAAUUGGUUGAUGACCCAUGUCACUGAUCUGAAUUUAUUCAACGGUCCUCCUGAAGAGAGCAUAUGCAUGAACAUUAGAGAGUGUCUUGACACAGGAGAUCAAUUUCCAUCCCUCAAGUCUGGAGAGGAACACGGUCCACUUGCGACUGCUAUUACUUCUACACUAGUGCAGUUGUUAGACUCGUUGGUAGAUCCUGUGGUCCCCCCAUACCUUCAUGCGCGGUGUCUGCAAAUGACAAGCAGAGACGAAGCAUUCGAGCUACUGGACGAAUUUCCUCCUGAAUCAGUUAAUGUAUGGAUCUCGCUUACUGCAUUCCUCCAUUAUAUGUCCCUGCAAAAACUGCCAUCACAAUCAUCAACGGAUCAAGCGGACAUGGCAGAAAGGUUGGCGGCUGUAUUUGCGCCAUUAUUACUGCGUGACGACGCAACGGGGCUUCACAUACCCGUGUCUCCCAUUGGAAAGCGGAAAUUCUUGCUUCAUUUUAUUGGUUGAUCUACGGGUGAACGACGAUUUGUGUCAUGUGCUGUUGUUGUCAGUUUAACUACUGCGGACUCUUCCAAUGAUGAUCGAUUAUGGACGAUCGGCUGAACGAUAUGUAGGACGUUAUCUUUGUUACAUGUGUUUCUUCCAAUAUCGAAUCGUUAUUUCACACGUAGCUUCCCCAUCACAUCCCGAACCUAUACAUUGGUAGCCCACUUGUCUCACUUGGCC